ACCCCUACACCCUGAUAUCUACUGCCUCAAAAAAAAAAAGAAGAAGCCAAGAGGAGUGUCCCUCUGAAUCUUGACCAGCUUCUAGGAAAAACAGUUCUCCCUGGAAUGCAUGGCAAACUCAUCUCAACAGCAUGCGGUUCAUGCUCCACUAAACUACUUGCUGCAUUAAGUCACAUGAUUUCUUUUACAAAUCAUAUACUGGUGGAUAUGCUGUGUGGGGAGGAGGGAGGACUCGUGCACUCAAUACGAAGAUUCACACACUAGCAGACUGUGCCAUGGAUCAUGUGCUGAACAUUGCUGACAAUUACAUCUUCACUCCGUAUGUUUACCCGGCCACAUGGCCCGAGGACUGGGCUCUGCGUCAGAUAAUCAGCCUGUGGGUAGUGACCAACUUGGGAGCAGCGCUCAUUUAUCUGGGCUUUGGUGCUCUUAGUUUCUAUUACGUUUUUGACCGUAAGCUCAUGAAACAUCCACAUUUUCUUAAGGACCAGGUCAGAAAAGAGAUUAAACUAGCAACAGCCUCCAUCUUCUGGAUGAGCUUCCCCACAGUGGCCCUUUUCUUCUGGGAGGUCAGGGGAUAUAGCAAACUUUAUGACAACAUCAAUGAAUCUUGUCUAGACUGGUCGGGGAUGUUCCUGAGCAUUGCUGGAUUCUUGUUCUUUACUGACAUGUGUAUCUACUGGAUACACCGUUCCCUGCACCACAAAAGAAUUUACAAGCACUUACAUAAGCAGCACCAUAUAUUCAAGAUCCCUACGCCUUUUGCCAGCCAUGCCUUCCACCCACUUGACGGCUUCCUGCAGAGCUUACCCUAUCACGUCUACCCAUUCAUCUUCCCCCUUCACAAGGUGGUCUACCUCUCACUCUUUGUAUUUGUCAACAUCUGGACCAUAUCCAUACACGAUGGAGACUACCGCAUCCCUGGCCCCCUGAUAUUUCUGAUCAAUGGUGCUGCUCACCAUGUAGACCAUCAUCUCUUCUUCAACUACAACUAUGGACAAUACUUCACGCUCUGGGAUCGACUAGGGGGCUCCUACAGACACCCCUCAGCCCUGCUGGGAAAGGGGCCACAUGACCACAUUCGCAAGCUAAUGGCAGAGGGUGCACACACACAGUGAUGAUGGAGCUGCUG